ACAUGCACACAACCCCCCCCCCCCCCAUCUCACCAGCGCAACAGGUGCGCCACACCCACGAAGAGAAAUAUUAAAUCUUACAUACUUUUGGCACAACUCUGGGUUAUCUGUAAUGAACUAAACCUUUUUCCACUCUGCGCUGGCGUCUUUUGUACUCCUUGAUUUGACACAGCGGUCUAAUUACCGGGCUCGCGCACCAGCAGAUGAGACAGGAGCGCGCCGCGUUAUACCUGCGCGCGAACGUAAACUGAUCGGCUCUGAUUUUAUAAGCCGACUGGCCGAAAUAAUGCCGAAUUAUAUACAUUUCCUGGGGUUGCCUAGGUGAAUAGGGAUGCGGAUGUGCUCUAAGAUAAAAUAUAAUUUUAUUAAGUGGGGUUUGGCUGGUUGCUAAACAGCCACGGUUGCGAGCUCGCGCUUCAGCUGACGAGACAGCUGUUCACCGCUACAACAUUAUUGGGCCGUUUAUUGAAAUACUCCCACACUUUUGACGACUUUUGGCGUGCUUUUUUUCCCUCGCUCGCACCGCUCGCAUCAUCUGCUUUGCGCUCCGCCAUGACGGCAGUGUGACGUAAAUAUGCGACGCGUCGAAGCAUAAAAACGACGUCGACGUAUUUACGUAACCGAUGACGUCGACUACGUCGACGCGUCGUUUCAGCCUUAAACCAUUGUGUAUUAUUCAAACUCCCCUAAUUCAGCUGGCUAGUUGUUAUCAAGAGUACUAAAACCCCUUUCAACAUGAUUCUGACAACUAAGUAGGCUAAAUAACUUUAAACUUUAAUACAUGCUCGGAUAGGCCAGUAUCGGUCAGUAUCGGUAUCGGUCAGUAUCGGUAUCGGAUCGGAAAUGCAAAAACAAUAUCGGUAUCGGAUCGGAAGUGCAAAAACCUGAAUCGGGAUAUCCCUAAUCUCACGGCACACUAGUGUGCCACGGCACAGUGGUUGAAAAACACUGUAUUAUUCUUUACAUAAAAAAAAUAAAUUUACUUGAACGUUGAUUUAAAUUGUCAGGAAAGAAGAGGAAGGAAUUUAAAAGGUAAAAAGGUAUAUGUGUUUAAAAAUCUUAAAAUCAUUUUUAAGGUUGUAUUUUUUCUCUAAAAUUGUCUUUCUGAAAGUUAUAAGAAGCAAAGUAAAAAAAAUCAAUGAAUUUAUUUAAACAAGUGAAGACCAAGUCUUUAAAAUAUUUUCUUGGAUUUUCAAAUUCUAUUUGAGUUUUGUCUCUCUUAGAAUUAAAAAUGUCGAGCAAAGCGAGACCAGCUUGCUAGUAAAUUAAAAAAUAAAUAAAUAAAUAGAGGCAGCUCAUUGGUAAGUGCUGCUAUUUGAGCUAUUUUUAGAACAGGCCAGCGGGCGACUCAUCUGGUCCUUACGGGCGACCUGGUGCCCGCGGGCACCGCGUUGGUGACCCCUGAUCCACACACUCCACUCAUUUCAGUUCUGCUCACGCGUAUCGGCGGUUUGCACACGUAGCGAAUUCACACGCAGUUCCUACCGAAUUGCAAAUUCUAGUUUUGUAUAUCAUCGUUUAUCCGACAUUGUCAUCCGAAUAAAGAGAAAGUCAUGGUAACUGGGAUGACGAUCGUAACUGCCGUAAAACAAUUUGACGGAAGUGUGUAGUGAACGAUGACGCCAGCCUUUCAAGAUGGCUUCGGGCAAUGCAUUGUGGGAUACUCUAGGAGCUUUUUCCUUCAUGACGUCGAGAAAAACGAGCUUUGGAGCGCCUCGUCUUUCAACAGGAGGAUAUUUUGUGCUUCUAGUGACACGUGUUACUGUCAGAACAUCUCUAAAAGGACACGUUGGCAUAAUCGGGCGCAUUUAAGAGCGCUCUUUGUGCACAGAGAGGAAGACGAGUGUUCCCGUGUUGGUUGAACAAAAAGAGAAGCGUACACAAUAGCGCUGUGUGUGUGUGUGUGUGUGUGUGUGUGUGUGUGUGUGUGUGUGUGUGUGUGUGUGUGUGUGUGUGACAUCUGAAACAUGUUGUUCCUCCCUACCUUCUACUUCCUGCACAGCAAAUGUGCGCGUGUGCCGGACUGGCGUGUGGCACGUAAAAAAGAGGAAGGAAGUGGAAUUUUAUCCUCACAUUUCAACAUCAGACAUCUCCUCGCACAACGACAACUCAACUCUCUUUGUUUCCUUUGCCGCCGAGCGUCUGGGCGGAAAACAUGACGGAGCGCAGGUUCUCCUCGCACCGGCGGCUCCACGGCGCCCCCUGCAAGCCCCUGCUGAAGAGAAGGUGCCUGAGUGACAGCUCGGACCUGCUGGCCAUGAUCGAGAGAAUGCAGGGCUGCAGGAUGGACGAGCAGAGGUGCUCCCUGCCCCCGCCCCUCAAGACAGAGGAGGACUACAUCCCUUACCCCAGUGUUCAUGAGGUCCUGGGGAGCCGCGGUCCCUUCCCGCUCAUCCUGCUGCCCCAGUUCGGAGGCUACUGGAUCGAGGGGAACAAUCACGAGCCGAAAGAGGCGCCCGAGGCAGAGCCAGCGCCCGGCCCCGCCUCCUUUGUCAAGCUGGAGACCAACAGCGCGGCCAAGAUCUACAGGAAGCGGUUCAUGGGCAAGGAGCACUUUAAUUACUACACCAUGGACGCCGCCCUGGGCCACUUGGUCUUCUCAUUAAAGUAUGAUGUCAUCGGGGAUCAGGAGCAUCUGCGCUUGAUGCUGCGCACCAAGCUAAAAACCUACCAGGACAUCAUCCCCAUCUCCUGCCUCACCGAGUUCCCCAACGUGGUCCAGAUGGCCAAGCUGAUUUGCGAGGAGGUCAACGUGGAUCGCUUUUAUCCGGUCCUCUACCCCAAGGCGUCACGUCUCAUCGCCACCUUCGACGAGCACGUCAUCAGCAACAACUUCAAGUUCGGCGUGGUGUAUCAAAGGUUCGGACAGACCACGGAGGAGGAACUCUUUGGGAACGUGGAGGAAAGUCCGGCUUUUGUAGAGUUCUUGGACUUUCUGGGCCAGAGGAUUGAACUGCACGACUUUAAAGGGUUCCGAGGAGGCCUGGAUGUCGCCCACGGGCAGACGGGGAGUGAGUCGGUUUACACCACCUUCCACAACAAGGAGAUUAUGUUCCACGUGUCCACCAAGCUGCCUUACACCGAGGGAGACUCCCAGCAGCUGCAGAGAAAAAGGCACAUAGGCAACGACAUCAUCGCCAUCGUGUUCCAGGACGCCAACACGCCCUUUGUCCCCGACAUGAUCCAGUCCAACUUCCUGCACGCCUACGUGGUGGUGCAGCUGGACAAGGCGUGCACGGACUACGUCGCCUAUAAGGUGUCUGUGACAGCCCGGGAUGACGUGCCCUUCUUUGAGCCGGCCCUGCCUGACCCGGCCGUCUUCAAAAAGGGCCCGGAGCUUCGCGAGUUCCUGUUCACCAAGCUCAUCAAUGCCGAGUACGCCUGCUACAAGGCGGAGAAGUUUGCCAAGCUGGAGGAGCGCACCCGCUCAGCCCUGCUGGAGACCCUGUACGAGGAGCUGCAUGUCAACAGCCAGUCCAUGAUGGGUCUGGGCGGAGACGACGACAAGCUGGAGAACGGCGGCGGCGGAGGAGGCGGAGGCUUCUUUGAGUCCUUCAAGCGGGUCAUCCGCAGCAGAAGCCAGUCCAUGGACGCCAUGGGCCUCAGUAGCAAGAAGUCGCACACGGUCUCCACUAGUCACAGCGGCAGCUUUACCCACAAUCCGCCCGACAGCCCCAAAACAGCCGGCAUUUCAUUGCUUGUCCCGGGGAAAAGUCCCAGUAGAUAUGGACGGCGAGGCAGUGCCAUAGGGAUAGGAACCAUAGAAGAGUCACUCAUCAUUCCCGGGAAAAGUCCCACCAGGAAGAAGUCCGGUCCUUUCAGCUCUCGCCGCAGCAGUGCCAUUGGCAUCGAGAACAUCCAGGAGGUGCAGGAGAGGAGCCGUGAGGUGUCCCCUUGCACCCACAGGACGUCCGACAGCGUUCUUCUCUCGCAGGAAAACAGGCCGGACAACUUUUCUAAUCAUGGCUCUCCUGAGUUCCCUGCUGUCAGGAACAGUUUGGGCAUGUGUUGCAGGGCGCCAUCCAUUCCUGAGGCUCAGGACCUUUCCCGCUCCUCCUCCAACGCCAGCAGCUUCGCCAGCGUGGUGGAGGAGCACGAGGCCGAGGAGGACUACGACACUGGACUGGAAAGCGUGUCGGCCAUGACGCCAAGACACUCCUUGGAUGAAGGAGCGCUCAGUACGAGUCAUGGAGUCUUCACAGCCACCCGCCUCCAGCAUCAAACUGACAGUCUGAAGGGACCCGAGUCCAAAGCUCCAGACGGCCGCCCCAAGUCCGAUCGCCCCCCGCUGGAGCACAAGUUGUCACAUUUCUGGGAGAGGCGCCGCACGUCGGAAAGCAAGCGACUGACAGAAGUUCACCUUUGACGCCAGAUUCCGGAAGCGUCGGGCUGGGAACUCGCCGCCUGUCCCGACCGACGCCGACAGGAGCUCUGAGGACUUGAGUCUUGCUCUCAAAGUCCCCCUUUCAGGGUGGUGCCGCCUGUCACGGAUGAAGUCUGCUCUCCCCACCAGUCAGCAGACAUCUUGGUCUGAUUAGUUUUCCCAGCAGGAAGGGAAAGUGUCACCACGUCUUAUUGUCACGUGAGUCCUUUUCCCUCCUAACUUAUUCAAGCAGCCCUGCUUCAUCUCCUAGCGAGGCCACCUGUGUGACGCUAAAUGACUCCAGGAACAUUUUUGUGAGCCCUGUAAAAAGGCAAGUGACGUGCAAAUAUGUGUACUGUGGACCAGCAACAAAAGUCAGUUAUUGUUUGUGCGUGUUCUGUUCCCGUCACUCCUUUUAUUGGACACGUGUACAUUGCAGGUUACUCGCUGUCAAGUGUUGCAUUUGUGAGGUGUUCAGCUCCACUGUGACUCAUCUUCAAGUUGCCUUUACCACCAUUGUGUCAGAGAUCUUCUUUAUCCCGGAAUGUAACACACUUCCUGCCAUGUGCCGUCCCUUUAAGGCUGCGUUCACCUUUGUGCUCGGGAAGGUCAAAAAAGACACUUUGCUUAGCCUUCACAUUGGUUAUUUAAGUCAAAACUGACACAAUAAUUAAGGCAGGGAUCUAAAAAACUUUGGUUAUGGUAGGGGUGUCCAAACUACGGCUCGUGGGCCAAGUGCGGUGCGCCGGCCUCUUCAAUUUGGCAUACAAAUACAAGGAGUCAGUAGUUUGAUAGCUGUCAAUUAGUCACCAUUUGACGGCCGACGAAAGUACUCAAGUCAGUGGCCAUUAAUUGUACACCGAUGUAAAUACACGCACAUCAUUUACUUAUAUGACCCAAUCAAACAACCUUCCCUAGUAAUGGUGCAUAAAACAAAAAAUCCAACAAACAUGGUCACACACUGCUCAUUGAACUUUGUGAGUAUUAUAAAACCCCAUUUGAGGGCCGACGGAAGUACUGAAGUCAGUGGCCAUUAAUUGUACACCGAUGUAAAUACAUGCACAGCAUUAACUUAUACGACACAAUCAAACAACCUUCCCUAGUCAUGGUGCAAAAAAAAAAAAAAAAAAAAAAAGCGUUCAGUCAGCAUAAAACAUUUAAACUGAAAUGCAUUGGAAAUUUGGAAGGAGUAGUCGCCAGAAAAAAUGGUGGAAAUAGGGCUUUGGAAAAGCAGGAAUUCUGGAAAAUCAUGGAAUUUUUUUUUAACUUGGAAAAAAUGUAGUUUAAAUUUCCAGGAUGGGUGGAAUGUGUUGAAGGUGGAAUGGUUGGAAUCGGUUGAAAAAUGUGGAAAUGGUGAAAGUUUGAAAAAUGCCCAAUUCAUUUUGAAUGGGAAAAAUGUCCCGGAAAACCUAGAAUUCUGGGAAAUCUGGGAAUUUUUUUGAACUUGGAAAAAAUGUAGUUUAAAUUUCCAGGCUGGUAGAAUGUGUUGAAGGUGGAAUGGUUUGAAUCGGUUAAAAAAUGUGGAAAUGGUGAAAGUUUGAAAAAUGCCCAAUUCAUUUUAAAUGGGAAAAAUUUCCCGGAAAACCUGGAAUUCUGGGAAAUCUGGGGAUUUUAGAAGUCUGGAAAAUCAUGGAAUUUUUUUGAACUUGGAAAACAGGUAGUUUACAUUUCCAGGAUGGUAUAAUGUGUUGAAGGUGGAAUAGUUUGAAUCGGUUGAAAAUUGUGGAAAAGGUGAAAGUUUGAAAAAUGGCCAAUUCAUUUUGAAUGGGGAAAAUGUCCCGGAAAACCUGGAAUUCUGGGGAUUUUUGGAAUUCUGGAAAAUCAUGGAAUUUUUUUGAACUUGGAAAAAAGGUAGCUUAAAUUUCCAGGAUGGGUGGAGUGUGUUGAAGGUGGGAAAAAUGUGGAAAUGGUGAAAGUUUGAUAAAUGGCCAAUUCAUUUUAAAUGGGAAAAAUGUCCCGGAAAACCUGGAAUUCUGGGAAAUCUGGGAAUUUUUAGAAUUCUGGAAAAUCUGUAGUUUCAAUUUCCAGGAUGGUGUAAUGUGUUGAAGGUGGAAUGGUUUGAAUCGGUUAAAAGGUGUGGAAAUGGUGAAAGUUUGAAAAAUGGCCAAUUCAUUUUGAAUGGGAAAAAUGUCCCGGAAAACCUGAAAUUCUGGGAAUUUUAGGAAUUCUGGAAAAUCAUGGAAUUUUUUCGAACUUGGAAAAAAGGUAGUUUAAAUUUCCAGGAUGGUAGAAUGUGUUGAAGGUGGAAUGGUUUGAAUCGGUUGAAAAAUGUGGAAAUGGUGAAAGUUUGAAAAAUGGCCAAUUCAUUUUGAAUGGGAAAAAUGUCCCGGAAAACCUGGAAAUCUGGGAAUUUUUGGAACUCCGGAAAAUCAUGGAAUUUUUUUGAACUUGGAAAAAAAGGUAGUUUAAAUUUCCAGGAUGGUGGAAUGUGUUGAAGGUGGAAUGCUUUGAAUCGGUUAAAAGGUGUGGAAAUGGUGAAAGUUUGAAAAAUGGCCAAUUCAUUUUGAAUGGGAAAAAAUGUCCCGGAAAACCUGCAAUUCUGGGAAAUCUGGAAAUUUUGGGAAUUUGUCAAGGGAAAGCCCGCGAUUCCGGAAAUAGGCUGAACAGUUUGAAGUUGGAACGCUUUGAAUCGGGUGAAAAAUGUGAAAGGUAGAGCGCGGCAAAAUGUGGAGAAGAAGAAGAAUGAAUGUUUUGGAGUAUUCACACAAUGAGCUGAGGGCCACAAAUGAGCUGAGGGCCACAAAUGGCCCCUGGGCCGCACUUUGGACACCCCUGAUGUGUUUGCUAUUUGAACCAUCUUAGGUUUUAUUCUGAAAUCUACUUGUAUAAAGCGUCGUCACUCAGGACAGAAUGCUUCUUUUCUUGUGUUUUUUUUCUUCCGUGGUUUUGCAGAUUUGGAACCCGACUGAUCCACAGUUCCUUUGCAAGCGGACCGAGACCCAUUCCUAAAGUGGUCUCGGUCCACUUGUACGGUGGCAGCGGUAUGUUUGAAGUGAGCCAAACAUGACAAGUGUGAACGCAGGUGAUUAAAUAAGGCAGGAAGUCUUGAUUAAGAAUAUUCAUGUCAAACUGUUGGACUUGCUGCCCCCUGGUGGCUGGUCUUCAUAGUCCAUGUGUGGUCCAGGUGGUCCCGUCCGGACCAGAACUUUCUGUGCUGUUGUAAAUGAUUGUACUUCUUCUGGUGUGUUCAGUCUGUUGGAGACACAAAGCAGGAGUUGCUGACUGUACAUAAAGAUGUUGAAUAAAGGAAGACCAGCGC